UGGUUUCUUUCCCUCAGAUUGAAGGUGCUGUUUUAACAGCCUCUAGCUUUCAAAGCCAUCGCUGAAAUACUAGGAGGUUCACGUGAACUUGCAGGACUGAUCCUGAUGUGAUCGAACCUGAUCAGGAAUGACACACUUUGAGACGCAGAUCUGCUCCUGCUUGCUCCAGGCACACUAUGGUGAGAUCGUAGCCAAAGUUGGCACCCACCUGAUUCACACAGGAUGCCAGCCUCUCCGGCUGAUUGCCAACGACACUGAAACACCGAUUGAUCAGGUUAAGAAAGCUCUCUGCGUCUUGAUCCACCACAACUUUGCUUCCUAUCAUGUGCACAAGAGAGGCUUUGUGGAGUAUGAAGUGCAUUGUGCACACAUCAUUCGCAUCCUGCGGUACCCACGCUAUAUCUACUCAGCAAAGACGUUGUACGGAGACACAGGGGAGCUCAUUGUGGAGGAGCUGCUGCAGAACGGCAAAAUGACAAUGAGUGCGGUUGUGAAGAAAGUGGCUGACAGGCUGAGAGAAACAAUGGAGGAUAAUAAAACCAGGGAACACAGUGAGACAUCGAAUACCUUUGUCCGGUUGGUGCAGACACACUUCCUGCAGAAAUGUGGUCUGGUCUCUGAGAGUGUGACUGCUGAAGGCUCACAGCCCUCUCGUGCUCCGACAUUGAUCACUGAUGAGAAGGAGAUGUACACCGUGCCCAAUCUCAGCGUUGUCGACUCCUCACAGACCAGCAGUGAGAUUGUGCGGACGAUGCUGAGAAUGAGUGAGGUGACCACGUCGUCCAGCUCCUCCCACACGCAACCGCUGUCUUCAAAUGAGAUAUUCCGGGCUUUUCCUCCUGGCUACAACCUCUCGAAACCAGUGCUGGACCAGUACCUCACCCUCCUCAGUGAUGACCCGGUGAGUGUUUCAGUUCACACACUCCCUGUUUGGAAUGAGAGUGAGACUUGGGGGUUGGUUGUAAUCACUGAUCUUCACCGUGCCCUCGCUUCACUUGCACGAGCUACAGUGGAGUCUGUUGUACAGGAAAGGUUCGGCUCACGGUCAGCUCGGAUUUUCCGACUUCUUCUCCGCAAACGACACUUGGAGCAGAAACAAGUUGAGGAUUUUGCGAUGAUUCCUGCCAAAGAAGCCAAGGGGAUGAUGUAUCGAAUGCUAUCAGAGAACUAUAUAUCCCUUCAGGAAAUUCCUAAAACACCUGAUCACGCCCCCUCCAGAACCUUCUAUCUGUACACUGUCAAUUUACUGCCUACAGCUCGUAUGAUUCUCCAGCGGUGCUACAAGACUGUUGUCAAUCUGAUCAAUCGUCGAGAAUACGAAACCCGAGAGAACAAGCGGCUGCUGGAAAAGUCACAGAGAAUAGAGGCCAUCAUGGCGUCAAUGCAGGCAACUGGCGCUGAGGAACAGCAACUUCAGGAGAUCGAGGAGAUGAUCACAGCUCCCGAGCAACAGCAGCUGGAGACACUGAAACACAAUGUCAAUAUGUUGGAUUCAAGUGAGAAUCAGGUUGAUGAGACUAUCUUUAUCCUGGAAUCCUACAUAAACACAACUCGGAUUGAGAAAGAGGUACCAAGCAAACGGUGAUCUGAGGAUCAGUCUGUCAGAGACCAGCUACGGUUCACCAGUAUCUCACUGAACAUGUGGUUAUACUGCAGUGAGUUGAUAAUGUGGCAGUCUGCUCAGUGGAGAGGACAGUUUUAUGAGCUGCCUGUGCAAAUCCUAAUAUUUUAGGUUUUAUGUUGUCAAAUUAAUUUAAUAAAUGACAUGGUGUCUUUAA